AUGGCAACGAUCAAAGACAUUCCCCUCCUCAUCACUAGUCCCACCUCCUCCUCAGAGCGACGCAUCACGCCAACAUGGACCAUCUCCCAGCUCAAAUCCAAGCUAGAGCCUAUCACGGGGAUUGCUCCCUCAGCGCAAAGAUUGAUUCUCCGCCUCCCAGAUCAAAACAGCGAGACUCCAAUCGUCGCCGACGACGAAGAUGUCGCACAGAUCGGGAAUUGGCCGCUGGCUGCAUAUGCUGAGCUCAAGGUCCUCCCCACCCACCCCUCCGUGGCUCUCCUCACCACCGACACCUCCUCCGUCCCGAAAACCGAAAUGCCAAUCUCGACCUACGAGUCCCUCCACGGCACAGUCCUCGACUUCAAGAAAUCUCACCAAAUCGGGCGUUUCGACCCCGCUGCCGACGAGAAGAACCGUCAAAAGGUUGCGCGGCUGCAGAAGGACGUUGAGGAUAGAGGCAUCAAAGAGGGCUCACGCUGCCAUCUGACCUCGCAACCAACCCGGCGAGGCACGAUCCGCUACCUCGGCCCAAUACCGUCUCUGCCAGGGCUGGAAGGCGCGCCCUGGGCGGGCGUGGAGCUCGAUGAGCCGUUUGGGAAGAACGAUGGUAGUAUUACCACCCCCACCACCCCUGCCCCUACCCCAAGCCCUACCCCCACCCCUGACCCGACCAAGGAAGGAGAAGAAAAGGCGGCGGGGGAAGGGGGGUAG